AUGAGUUCACUUGAGAGUAAAGAAGUAUCCUUGUCGGACGUGGAUCAAAAGAAGAAUGCUUUGGCUACCACUGUGUCAAAACUUGAUGACGAAACCUUUGGUGAAAUAGAUCCAAAGAAAGAGAAUCAAUUACUUCACAAAUUUGAUAGAAGAAUUAUGCCAAUUCUUUCAUUGAUUUAUUUCUUAUCGUUUUUGGACAGAUCUAAUAUCGGAAAUGCAAAAGUUGCUGGAUUGUACGAGCAAUUAGAAUUGACUAAUAGUCAAUAUUCUUUGGUAGUUUCUAUUUUCUAUGUCACUUAUAUUUUAUCUGAAGUUCCUGCUGUGUUAAUAGCCAGAAGAAUUGGCUUCAGGUUGUUCUUAUGCACUAUGAUGUUUGGUUGGGCCAUCGUUACCUUGUGCACUGCCUUUGUCAGAGAUUUCUGGUCCCUUACGUUAUGUCGGCUUUUGUUGGGAUUGUUGGAAGGUGGUGUUUUUCCAAACAUGAGUUUGUACAUUUCCAUUUUGUACAAACGUCAAGAACAGGGAAGGAGAUUGUCUUACCUUUAUGUUUGUUCUUGUAUGAGUGGAGCUUUUGGUGGACUUAUUGCCACGGGUAUAACCAAAAUACAUUCAAAUGGAACUUUGGAUAGUUGGUCUUACUUGUACAUAAUUGAAGGAGCAAUUUCAGCUGUUGCUGUGGUUUGCUUAUACUGGCUUCCAGACGAUCCUGCGCAUGCUAAAUUUUUAAACCAGGAAGAGUUGGAGGUGAUGGCAAUAAGAGAGGAACAGAGAAAGUUUUACAUGGGUAGUGACAAGUUUGACAAGAAAGAAUUUGUGCUAGCUAUUAAAGAUCCCAAAUUAUACAUGAGUGUGAUUAUUCAGUUCAGUGUGGAUCUUGUUUUAUAUGGGUUUUCCACAUUCUUGCCAUCUAUCUUGAGUCUUCAAUUGGGAUUCACAUCUUUAAGAGCACAGUACCUUUCUAUUCCAGUUUACUUUGUAUCUGCAUUGGGAGUGUACCUUUCUUGUUACUUUUCUGAUAAGAUGAACAAGAAAUUUCCAUUUAUAUUGGGUGUUAAUGCUCUUGCUUUCAUCGGAUACGUGAUUUUACUUACUAAUAAGAAAGCUGCAGUCAAUUAUUUUGCAACUUAUCUAAUUGCAAUUCCAUUGUAUUCGGCUGUUUCCUUGAAUAUUACUUGGAUCAAUAAUAAUAUGGCUCCACAUUAUAGAAGAGCAACAGCCCUUGGAUUCAACCAAACAUUUGGUAAUUUGGCUGGAGUGAUCGCCGGACAAGUUUACAGAGCCCCUCCCCACUACUAUCUUGGAAAUGGAUUUUCUUUGGGCUGCGUUGUGGUUUCUUCUACGACUACAAUUUUAAUGUACCAGUAUUUGAAAAAACAGAAUCAAUUGAAAGAUAAUAUUUUGAACGGUGCAAAAGAUACACGAAAGGUCCGUUCUGGUUGUGAAGACCCUGAAUUUGUGUAUGUUUACUAA